ACUGGCUGUUCACACCAGAACAGGAGACCGCUGUUGUGAACAUGGUGGUGGCAAAACGAUACCAUUAGACUAUGAGAAAUCCAGAACCACAUAACUGCAGACAACACAAUAUUCAAUAACAUUCACCAGGUGGGCUUGUCUACAUUGGACCGUGUAUUACAGCGCAACCGAAUCCAGAUGAAACAGGUCUACAAGGUGCAUUUGAACGAAAGUCAGAGAGGGUUAAAAAAACAGCGUUAUGAAUAUGUGCAAAGAGUCUUGGAGCUGGAGGCCGCUGCAAUUCAGCACUUUWAUAUUUACAUUGAUGAGGCAGGCUUCAACCUAUCCAAAAAAAUGGAAUGGMGUCGUAACAUUGUGAAUGUCCAUGGACAGUGUGGAGGGAAUAUCACCAGCCAGCAAGGCGUCCUCCAUCACCAUGCCAACCUUGGUCCCUACAACACCGCCCUUCUCAUCACAUUCCUGGACACACUACAUGGCYUCCUCAUUCCAGCCGAGCAGAGGGGUGGACCAGAGCAGCACAGGUAUGUUGUCAUCUGGGACAACGGGAGUUUCCACCGCGCUGCUCUGGUCCGCAACUGGUUCAUCGAUCACCCAGAAUUUAUUGUUCUAUWCCUCCCACCAUAUUCCCCAUUCCUAAACCCAAUUGAAGAGUUUUUCUCGGCAUGGCYAUGGAAGGUGUACGACCGCCAUCCCCUCGCACYCAUGCCUCUUCUCCAGACAAUGGAGGAUGCAUSUGGUGAAGUUGAUGUGGGGGCUUUCGGCGGCUGGAUCCGUCUCUCCAGAAGAUUCUUUCCCCGAUGUUMAGCCAGGGAGAACAUGGCUUGUGAUGUAGAUGAGSUGCUGGGGCCAYACCAAAAUAGGAGGCAGGAGGCAGGAUGCAGCCUAAUGUCUUUUUWKUUACAUUUUGCAUGUGUUUUUGUKUUUUUUUGUUUAGAGUUUUGAAAGAAUGAGCCA